UGUCGCCAUGUUUGUAUCCAAUGACAACAUUCUAAAUUUCAAAGGGUUGAUCUGUUUGUGCUGGAAGGGAACGUGAGUCGGAAUAUUAUAGGUGAAUAAUGGGAGAUUCACCAAUAAACGUUCCUCGUUUGGAACUUGAUUCUGUCAUUGGUUUUAAUGGCUCAGUUGCAAGCGGACUGAAAGUUCAUCCAGGACGAGAACAUCUAAUUUACCCUUUGGGAUGUACUGUAGUCAUAGAAAAUAUUGCUACCCAGAAGCAGGAUUUCCUUUGGGGACACACAGACAAUGUCUCCUGUGUCACUGUCUCACCCAGUGGGAAAUAUUUAGCCUCUGGACAAGUCACACACAUGGGCUUUAAGGCUGAUGUGAUAAUCUGGGACUUUGAGAGCAGACAGUUGUAUGCCAGGCUUACUCUCCAUAAAGUCAAGGUUGAGGACCUUGCCUUCUCUCCCAAUGAAUUGUAUUUGGUGUCAUUAGGGGGACAAGAUGACAGUUGUGUGGUAGUAUGGGAUAUUGCCAAGAAAGAAGCCAUUUGUGGACAUCAGGCACAGGUUGAGAGCGCUGGAAUCACAUAUUGUGUGGCAUUCUCUAACAGAAGUGAUGACGUCUUUGUGACUGGAGGAGAUGGUACUUUGCGUGUCUGGGAACUGGACAGAGACAACAGAAAAAUAAGACCCACUGAUGUGACCAUGGGACAGUUGAAAAGAGUGGUCAAGUGUAUACAGAUGGCCGACAACUUCCAGGAGCCAUUCUUUUUCUGUGGAACAACAACAGGAGAUAUCAUAGGAGUAAACAUGAACACCAAAUUUUUCCAAUUCCUGGGGCCUGAGAAGGAGAAGUUUAAGAGUGGUGUGACUUGCCUCUCCCUGAUCAAGUCUGGGCAGUUAUUAGUUGGGUCUGGGGAUGGUGAAGUGGCCCUUGUUCAGUUCUUUAACAAAGUUGAGAAAGACAGCAAAAACAAGAAAGGAAAAAUCUGUUUUGAAAAGAAAAGGUCAUGGAGAGAUUGCAAAACCAAGAAGACAUGUGCAAUCACAUCUAUUGCUCUUAGAGGAGAUGGACACCAGUUUUAUGUUGGAACUGCCAAUUCUCAAAUCUAUCGCUUCAAUUUCGCUGAAUUCAAUUGUGAGAAAAGCAAAGAUAAUGCCAAUCAAGGGGCUGAACUCAUCAAAACCUGUCAUUCGCAUGAAAUAACAGAUGUUGUCUUCCCUUAUGGAACGGGGGAGUUGAUAGUCACUUCUCAGUACGAAGAAAUCAGGAUCUGGCAGUUGAAGCUGAAGAAGGAGAUACGCAGACAAGUUGUGAAGAACAUGACCUGCAAUGCUGUUGACCUCACCAGAGAUGGAAAAACCAUCAUUUCAGCUUGGGAUGAUGGAAAAAUUAGAGGAUAUGGAUUUGCUGCAAAGGAUAAAAGUACAUCCCUUGUUGAGAAAUUUUUGAUAGAGGAAGCUCACAGUAAAGGAGUGACUGCCCUUGCUUGUACUUCUGAUGGCUUGGGAAUUGUCAGCGGAGGUGGAGAGGGUCAGGUCAGAAUCUGGAGAAUCUCCAAGAGUUACGACCCACGGGGCAAAGAUACUGUCUCCCUGGUAGAAACCAUGAUGGAGCACAAGGGACGAGUUUCUGACAUCAAAAUCACCAGAAAUGAUAAGGAGUGUGCAUCUGCUAGCACUGAUGGAACAUGCAUCAUUUGGGAUCUAGAACGAAGAAAGAGGAGCCAGAUUGUGUUUUCCAACACCUUGUUCCAGGCAGUAUGUUAUGGAGCCAAAGAGUGCCAAAUCAUCACUGGAGGCACGGAUAGGAAAGUUGGAUACUGGGAAUGCUGUGAUGGGAAGGGAAUCCGGGAACUAGAAGGAUCCAAGAGUGGCUCCAUCAAUGCUAUGGAUGUAUCCCCUGACCAGAACUACUUUGUCACUGGUGGUGAUGACAAGCUGCUCAAGGUCUGGACUUAUGAGGAUGGAGAAGUCAUUUUUGUUGGAAUCGGGCAUAGCGCUCCUAUCAAGAAAGCCAAGAUCUGUCCAAACCAAAGGUACAUUGUCAGCGUCAGUGCUGAUGGUGCCAUCCUGGUCUGGAAGUUCCCCCAGGAGCCCAGAAUCAAGUGAUAAUGUCCUUGGGCACUUAUAAGUAAUCUGGGAGAGAUAAGUGAUAUUGCGGAAAAGAAAGGGAUGUUAUGUGAUGACUGAGUAUAUUAAUGAUUUAUAAAGAUAAGUGACACAUUUUUGAGACACAUGUACAAAAAAAUAGGCAUACUUAAUUGUGUACAAUAAGACAUGUGUUAUGUAUUUAUUUGAUGAUGUUCUUGUUUUUUUUUAUGUUUAUGUAGUAGUAUGUAUCACAUACAUGUAUGAGAAUGACUUAACAUUUCAUGAAUUGAAAAAUUUCACUCCUAUAAAAGAAACUUUCUUCAAGUGUUUGCUAUUGCAUUGAAUUUAUGAAUGACUAUAUGACCUGUAUUUUUCAUGGACUGUAAUCCCAAAUAUUUUUCUUUUCAUAUAAAAUAAAAAGAAAACAACACUCUUA